AUGUCGACGCCGCGGGCACUGACAGCGCUGGCACGCUCACGACCCGUCCAUCCGAGCUCUAUUAUCCGCCUCGCUCCUCGCUUCUCCACCAGCGCCCGGGUCCAGAGAACCAUAGGCGGUACAACAGAAGGACCACCGCCCGACGGCUUCCGAAUCCCACCACCGACGCGAUGGAACGAAAAGAAAGAGAGCGUAUGGGACCAGGCGGGGAAAUACUUCUUGCUCACGGAAAUGGCACGGGGGAUGUACGUGCUCUUGGAGCAGUUCUUUAGACCUCCGUGAGUCGUCCCUCCUCCUCCUCCUCCUGACCCCCGUUGAAGAAGUCUCCCACUGACGUCGGACGAAUCAUUGAAGAUACACAAUCUACUACCCCUUCGAAAAGGGCCCCAUCUCCCCGCGUUUCCGCGGCGAACACGCCCUGCGCCGCUACCCGACGGGCGAAGAGCGCUGCAUCGCCUGCAAACUCUGCGAGGCCAUCUGCCCGGCGCAGGCCAUCACGAUCGAAGCCGAAGAGCGCGAGGACGGCAGUCGCCGCACGACGCGCUACGACAUCGACAUGACCAAGUGCAUCUACUGCGGGUACUGCCAGGAAUCGUGUCCCGUGGAUGCGAUUGUGGAAUCGCCGAAUGCCGAGUAUGCGACGGAGACGAGGGAGGAAUUGCUGUAUAAUAAGGAGAAAUUGUUGAGUAAUGGGGAUAAGUGGGAGCCGGAGUUGGCGGCUGUGGCGCGGGCGGAUGCGCCUUAUCGGUAG